AAGCAAGCACACGACAAAGUCGGUUGACUCUUGGAUUUGGCUGGGUUGUCUCAAUAUAUUAUCCUUCCUAUCUUCCAGUUUUCCCUCAUUUUCUCAUUUCUUCACUCCAUCUCUCCUCUCUAUUUUCUAGGAAAACACAAAAGGAAAAAACCCCAAUCCCCACUCCUUCAGUCCUUUCUUUUUCUCUUCCUAUGCAAACAUAUCAUAUGUUUGGAUAACUAGAACAUUAGUAAUUUAUAUAGGGAGAAACUAAAGUCAUUUACAAAGGGUUUAGCCUUGGUAUAGCAAGAAAAUGGAAGGAGGAAUACACACAGGCACUGAUUCCUCUGCUUUCAGGGAAUGUUUCUCUCUGACAUGGAGAAAUCCUUAUGUUCUUCGCCUUGCUUUCUCUGCUGGAAUUGGUGGCCUUCUCUUUGGCUACGACACUGGUGUGAUAUCAGGUGCUCUCCUUUAUAUAAGAGAUGAUUUCCCAUCUGUGGAUAGAAAGACUGUUUUACAGGAGAGCAUAGUGAGCAUGGCAGUUGCUGGAGCCAUCAUUGGAGCUGCAAUUGGUGGGUGGAUGAAUGAUCGAUAUGGAAGGAGAAGUGCAAUCCUAAUAGCUGAUUUCCUGUUUUUUAUUGGAGCUGUGGUGAUGGCCUCAGCUCCUGGCGCUGCGCUUCUUAUUGUUGGCCGAGUUUUUGUGGGACUUGGCGUUGGAAUGGCAUCAAUGACAUCUCCUCUUUAUAUUUCAGAAGCUUCCCCUGCCAAAAUCCGUGGUGCCCUCGUUAGCACCAAUGGAUUUCUUAUUACUGGUGGCCAGUUCCUCUCUUACCUUAUCAACUUGGCUUUUACAAAGGCACCAGGGACAUGGAGGUGGAUGCUUGGAGUUGCAGGAAUUCCAGCACUUUUGCAGUUCAUUUUAAUGUUGCUGCUUCCAGAAUCACCUCGUUGGCUAUUCCGCAAGGGAAGAGAAGAAGAAGCCAAAGUCAUUUUGAGGAAAAUUUUCCCAGCUGAUGAAGUUGAACAAGAAAUUCAAGAUUUAAAAGAUUCUGUUGAGGCAGAAAUUAGGGAAGAAGGAUCUUCUGAAAAAAUUAACCUCAUUAAACUGUUGAAAACCAAAACAGUUAGGAGAGGGCUCACAGCUGGUGUUGGACUCCAAGUUUUCCAACAAUUUGUUGGCAUAAACACAGUCAUGUAUUACAGUCCUACCAUAGUUCAGUUAGCUGGUUUUGCCUCUAACCGAACAGCACUCCUCCUUUCCCUUGUCACGGCUGGCCUCAAUGCCUUUGGCUCCAUUGUGAGCAUAUACUUCAUUGACAGGACAGGGAGGAAGAAGCUGCUAAUAAUUAGUUUGGUUGGAGUGGCAAUUUCACUUGGUCUUCUGUCAGGAGUUUUCCAUGAGACCGAAACCCACUCUCCAAUGGUUAGCCGAGUUGAAACAUCUCACUUUUCAAAUUAUACAUGUCCUGACUAUAGUUCGGCUGCAAAUGCUGGUGCUUGGGAUUGCAUGAAGUGUUUGAAGGCUUCAUCUCCAGAUUGUGGAUUCUGUGCUUCACCAACAGAUAAGCUUCUGCCAGGAGCAUGUCUGAUCUCAAAUGACACAGUAAAGGAUCGCUGCCAUGACGAAAGUAGGCUAUGGUACACAAGGGGAUGUCCAAGCAAAUAUGGAUGGCUUGCGCUGAUUGGUCUUGCUCUCUACAUCAUAUUCUUCUCCCCUGGAAUGGGAACUGCCCCAUGGAUAGUCAACUCUGAGAUUUAUCCACUCAGGUUCAGAGGAGUAUGUGGUGGAAUUGCUGCAACUGCUAACUGGAUCUCAAAUCUCUUUGUGGCCCAGUCCUUUUUAUCACUUACAGAAGCAAUAGGCACUUCUUGGACAUUCCUAAUAUUUGGAGUAAUUUCUGUGGUGGCUUUAGUCUUUGUAAUUAUCUAUGUGCCUGAAACAAAGGGGCUGCCUAUUGAAGAGAUUGAGAAGAUGUUGGAGGCUAGAACUUCGCACUUCAAGUUCUGGGAUAAAAGUUACAAACCACAAGAAAAGAGCCAAGCUAUGUGAACAAAUGGAAGACUGCUGAAAUUAGGACACUGAACCCUGAAACAUUGGACAUUGCAUUCAGCAAUAUUGGAAUUAAUUAGAUAAUGAAAGCUGCUUUAUUCUUCUCUCUCUUUUUUUCUUUUUUAUUUUUCUCUAUAGGAAACAAAGCAGCAAUUAAUUUCGGUAUUUUGCAAUCACCAUGCAUGUUCUAUAGUAAUAUUGUCACAAUUUUCACCAGUAAUGAAAUAAAACUAAUUAUAAAAAAA